UGAACGAAAAGGGGUGGGGACUGCCGGCGAAAGGAGAAUUUUGCCUUUUCAUUACCUUUUCGGAUUGGGCUUUACGGUAGAAGAGCGAGAUGGAUGCUGUGGCCGUGUUCGGAAGAGGAGCUCCGCCGCUUCUCCGGCUGCCGGUGAAAAGCUUCUGCAGCUUAACCUACUCCGGUAGUGCCGCCAUGCGCGCCCGCCGCCGCGACCAGCUUUCAGCAUUCCCUUCGAAUUCCCAUCUUUUCUCUAAACUUUCUACUCGUUAUCGUGCUGCUCCCAUUGAUAAUGAAUCCUACAUCUUUUUGCCCCAUUUGGUUGCCUCCCUGGAGCGAGUCGACCAGACUUACAUUAUGGUGAAACCUGACGGUGUUCAACGUGGCCUUGUUGGAGAGAUAAUUUCACGGUUUGAGAAGAAAGGGUUUAAGCUUACUGGCUUGAAGCUCUUCCAAUGCUCCAAGGAUUUGGCAGAGGAACACUAUAAGGAUCUUAAAGGCAAACCCUUUUUCCCUGGUUUAAUUGAGUACAUAACAUCAGGUCCUGUUGUGUGUAUGGCAUGGGAGGGUGUUGGUGUUGUGGCAUCAGCACGGAAGUUAAUUGGUGUUACAAACCCUCUCGAAGCCGAGCCAGGGACAAUUAGAGGGGAUCUUUCUAUUCAGAAAGGAAGGAAUGUGAUUCAUGGGAGUGAUAGCCCUGAGAGCGGCAAGCGUGAAAUAGCUCUCUGGUUCAAAGAAGGCGAAUUGGUUGAGUGGGAGCCAGCUCUUGCAUCAUGGCUGAUAGAGUGAUGGUUUUUGAAGCUCAAAUGUCCUCAGAAAGAAUUGCGAUUAUUCUUGUCUGUAAUUUUGAGUUAUAGAAUAAGAUGCCAUCCUUUGCAGAGCCCUGUAAUUCCUCACAGAACCUUUAAUGGAAAAGGGGAGAGCCAUUUUGAUUGUCAAGCCUCCACAGUGAUUUUCACCAUGAACUAUGAAGAUGAUGUGAAGUAACAACAGUUGUGGAUUAAAAAAUCAUCAACACUCCAUAAUUUA